AUGUCGUUGCCGCGGGGUGUCGGUCUUGGUGUCGAUGUUGGCCAAUUGAUGCAACACCAACAACAACAGCAGCAACAUCACGUGUUACCAGCCGCGUUCUUCCUUCGUGCCAGUGCCGAGAGAUACCAAAGGACACCGAAGUGCGCGAGAUGCCGCAAUCACGGCGUUGUAUCUGCCUUGAAGGGCCACAAACGGUACUGCCGUUGGCGGGACUGCGUGUGUGCGAAAUGUACACUGAUUGCCGAGAGGCAACGAGUCAUGGCUGCCCAGGUCGCGUUACGGAGGCAGCAAGCUCAGGAGGAGAGCGAAGCUCGCGAGUUAGGCCUGCAAUUGCAGUACAAUGCAGGCAGCUGCACCACCGCCCCCGUGUUGCCUGGUGCAGCGAGUGCUACCACGCCAGCUGGUAGUCCGCCCCCGCACCCGGCCCAUGUAGCCAGUCCAGCAGGACUGGCAAUUCCAGCGGCGGCGGCGGCCGCGGCCGCGGCCGCUGCAGCACACAUCCAGACGCAACUCCAACAUCAGCAGCCUGAUUGCGGCCUCCUGCAGCGGAAGAGGCUGCCGCAGGACGAAUACCGACAGCCGAAGAUCGAGAAACAGGAGUCGAUCGGUGGAAUUGCAGGCACAAAGAGGUCGAGAAUCUCUGAGAGCACUACGGGAACAAUGCUUUCCACGAGCGACACCGGUAACGAAGACGACCGUGACUCCGACUCCGGCGGAGAACUUCUUGCUGACCGUCCAUUGGCAGCUCCAACGUCGAUCGGAAUGACGGAGAACGAGGCAACGAGGAAACGGUCCAGCAGCCUGAACGACUCCGAGGAAGGAAGUCCGGAACCAGGUUCGCAAAGUCCGACGCAUACGCCACCGUUAACGCCGGCAUUGACUCCUCAAAGGGAGGACACGCCGGCGCCAGAGAAUCUCAGCCUACGUAAAACCGGAAGUCCUCAGCAAGCCCAGCAGCAAACCCUUCAACCUGUAGACUUGGUGCAGCCUAGGCCGAGCCCUCCGCUACCCUCGCUGGCAGCUGCGGCGACGGCGGUGCACUUUCCCCCGUACGCGCCUCUUUACGGUCCAGCAGCGAGUUCGCUCUACUGUUCACCGGCGUUGUACCAACACCAACAUCACCAUCACAUGCCGGAACCGCGGGAGAUUCAAAUGCAGAUGCAGAUGCAGAACAUCCAACAGAGCUGCGGGCUUCAGUUGCAGCAGCAACACCAGCAGCAACAGCAACAGCAGCAACGAUCCCCCGUGGACGUUCUGCUUCGAGUGUUUCCGGGAAGGCGUCGCGCGGACGUCGAGGCUCUGCUGCACCGGUGCAAAGGCGACGUGGUGUCCGCGAUGGAGGUGUUGGUCUGCGAGGACAGUCUCCAACCGAAGUCAGCGUUCUCACCUUUGGCUGGCGCGCUGGCGUCGGCCGCCGCCGCAUCCGCCUCUGUGUCCGCCGCGUACGCGAGUCGCGCCGCGUACUGCACCACUCCCAUCCCCUCGACCAGACACAGGUUCCUCGCUGCGCCUUACGCCGGCACCGGUUACCUGCCCACGGUGAUCAAGCCGCCCAAUCAGAACCUGCACACGAACGGCGACGCCUAUCGGGAAACCAGUCCCGACGACGCCAGCGACAAGACCAGCUACUCCGAGUGA